CUCAAAACGCAAAUUCAGAUGGAAGAGGUGUUUGUCACCUACUGGCUUGGCAGAAGCCCAGAGGUUUUAUAACCCUGUGGGAGAGACAGAAACAACCAGCCUGGUACACAGGUGUGAAUGGAAAUUUAGUUUCUUCUUUCUUAGUCGUUUCCUUUUUUCAGUAUAAUUUUUCGAAGUCCUGGGGAUGGAGCUGUACCCUGAGCUCUGCCCUCACCACCCCUACUCUGAGCAGGAGUCUUGCUACGCUGCCCAGACUGGCUUUGACAUUGCAACCCUCCUGCCUCAGCCUCCUGAGUGGCCAGAUUACAGAUGUGUGCCAGCACACCUGUUCUGUAAAUAGAUUUUAAUCUCUGUAUUGGGAGUUUACAAAAACGUGAUGAUUCCUCCGCCACUGAACCGUACCCCAGGCCAGCACUGCUUUGUGCUUCUCGUUUCUCCCGGCACACUGGGGCCCGAACGCUUCCCACUUGGCUUGGUCCCAGCCUCUUGCAUUUUCCAAUUUUAAGAGCACCUCAUUCAUUCAUUCACUUGCCUGGGCUGGGCUUGAACUUGUGAUCCUCCUGCCUCAGCUUCCCGGAGUGCUGGGAUCCCCGGUGAAUUUCCUAUCAGAAAAUUUCAAACAGGAGACUCAGACUCCCAGAGUGAAAACCAGAAUGCAGCUCAAAAGGCCGGGGCGGAUGAAAGCCGCCUCGCUGGGGUGGGUUCUCCAGGCCACGCCCACGUCUCAGGUACACUCACCUGAGCCAGGGCCUCUGCUUCCCUUCUUCAAGGGGCUCCUCGGCGCCUCCGGGAGGGAGGCCGACCUCUGGGACAGCUGCUUUCCCUGUGAUUCUAUUUGUGCCCUUCCCAUUUGCAAAAAGUCUGUCUCCCCACUUUCUCUUGUCUUUCUUUUUGCUCUUUAUUUAUACUUUGCGUUUCUCAUAUGAGAGAAGCCAUGUUACAUGGAAUCUGUGUGCCUGCUCCAUGGGACGCUAUGCUCUCAAGAUGCCUGGAUUUUCCUCCGUGACUCCAGUGCAUCCUUCUUCACGACAGCGUAGUACUCCCUUGUGCGUAAAGACCACGUUUUCUCUGUCCAUUCAUCUGCUGAGGGACACACGGGUCACUUCCAAGAUUCAGCUCCAGUGAGUCGCGCUGCGGUAAAGACGAGUUGGCUUUGAUCGCUGUGAUCCGAUGUCUUUAACUCUUGAGGAGAUUCCUGGAAGCGAACGGCUGGGUCAGCGAUACAGGAACAACCCCUCCAGAGAGUGGUAUCUUUGGACUCAUGAUGAACUUCUCCGCAUUUCUUGGCGCGGCCACAAUGUACACGCGCUACAAGAUUGUGGAGAAGCAGGACCCUGCCGGCCACCUCGGGACGCCCCUGCUCAACGCGGUGUCACUGGGGCUGGGCCUGGCGGGCUGCGUCGGGAUGGGCAUUGUGGCCAACUUCCAGGAGCUGGCGGUGCCCGUGGUCCACGACGGGGGCGCCCUGUUGGCCUUCGUGUGCGGCGUGGUGUACACGCUCCUGCAGACCGCGCUGUCCUACAAGUGCUGCCCACAGUGGAACAGCCGCGCCACCUGCCACGCACGCAUGGCCAUCUCCGCCGUGUCCUGCGCCGCUGUGGUCCCCAUGAUCACCUGUGCAUCCCUGAUUUCCAUAACCAAGCUGGAAUGGAGCCCGAAGGAGAAGGACUACGUGUACCACGUGGUGAGCGCCGUCUGUGAGUGGACCGUGGCCUUCGGCUUCAUCUUCUACUUCCUGACCUUCAUCCGCGACUUCCAGAACGUGACCCUGAGGAUAUCCACGGAGCUCAAUGGCGACCUCUGAGAUGGCGCGGUGCUGGCGCCCGACGCGUCCUGCUGCUGGGGGCUGUGCCUGGCCGCACCGGGUUUCGUGAGGAAUUGUCCUCGUCGUGUGUCCCAGGGUUCAUUUUCCUAGAGAAUGUAGAACGUUUGUGACACUGUAGCGAUGUUUUGAUAUUUUCCAAGCAGACACUUUUGUAUUAACAAAUUCAUAUACAACGAUAGGGGGUUAGAAAGUGAGAGCUUCUAUUUUUGUACAGAUCCUGGUUUUUUGUUUCGUUUUGUUUUUUGUCUGUGUGUGAACAGUCUGUGGAAAUACCACUAAAUGAGAGUUGUGAGUUCAGUACGCUUUUGAAAAAGUAAAAUCAGGACUGUGAUUUCAAAAUUUCACUUCCCGAGGAUGAACUGUGUAAUUGUGUAGCUCUGGCUGGCCUUGGAUUGGCAGUGAGCCUCCUGCCUCAGCCUUCCGAGUGUGGAGGUAUCAGGCACA